UUAUUAGCCAAGUCUCUCCUGGGUGUUGUUUGCUCGUCGGCACGACAUCAAGUGCGCAUACGCUCCGCUUGGUUGACGGCGCUGGCAGACGUCGCCAACGCAGCUUAACGGACGCGCUUAUUGAUGUUGCGCCGCAACAAUUGCCCGACUUUCGCCUCCCUGCCUUGGUCAUCCUCAAUAGCGCGACGAACGAGCUGAUGAGGCUGAUUAAUUGGAGGUUGGAGUUCGUCAGCGGGGGUCCAAGGCCUUCGAUGAGGGGUUGGCUUUCAGCCUAUCUAUCCGGUUAGCCCCGGCUAACAGCGAGCGCCAGUUUAACUCACAGUAGUGGCUUCAUGUGUUAAGUCCAAGAUAGCGCAUGGGAAUACCCCCGCAGAGAGCUGUAGUUGCAAUUGCCCCGUUGAGACGGAACGAUCAUAGGCCGACGAUGUGGCAUUCGACAUGAAGCUUACUAUACACCAAGGCUGGACGCUGUCGAUGCGCAACUGAUAAAUACUGCGAUGGAGCCCUCGUUGAUGUAACUGUGUAGACACUCUUCCUCCUCGUCCCCGUGUACAUAUUCAUACUCUAACCUGCACGAUCGCCACGCCUCAUCAUCAGCUCACACGCAAACCAAAAAUAAAAAUAAAAAUGGAGCUUCCCUUCAUUACCGUCGACGUCUUCACAGAGACUCGGUUUCGUGGAAACCCCCUAGCCAUCAUCACCAUCCCUGCCUCGGGUCCGAAGCCCACCCAGGAGCAAAAGCAGACCAUUGCCCGCGAGUUCAACCUGUCCGAAACCGUCUUUGUGCACGACGUCCCCGACCCGGAGACCAACAAGCAGCGCAACAUCGACAUUUUUCUUCCUUUCGCUGAGAUUCCCUUCGCCGGACACCCGACCGUUGGUACCGCCGUUUCGCUGCUUGACCAGGGCGUCGACACCCUUGUGACCAAGGCGGGACCCAUCCCCGUACGACGCCUGGGUGAUGGCGCCGUCGCCCAGGCCAACAUCCCUCACAACGUCCACUUACACGCCAAGCAUGUUCGCGACCUGUCCCUCGCGUCGGCCAGUCUCCAGGCAAAUGCGCAGAUUCGCGAGCUUGAACUCGAUGCCCCAGUCUUCAGCGUUGUCAAUGGCGUGAGCUUCGUGCUGGUUGAGCUGCCGUCUCUUGAGCUGCUUGCCGGGGUGCAACAGAGUAGCACGCAGCUGCCCGUGGACAAGCUUCUGGACGAGGGAUGGCAGAAUGGUUUCAUGGGGCGUUAUUACUACGUGCGCACUGGCUCAGGGCUGGACCAGAACGGCCAACCGGCCGUGUCCCUGCGUACGCGAAUGAUCACUCACGAGUUCGAAGACCCUGCAACCGGCGCCGCUGCCUGCUGCCUGACUUCUUAUCUCAGCAUAAUCGGGGACAAGCAGGCCACCCCCACCCGCACAUACAACAUUACGCAGGGCGUCGAGAUGGGCAAGGAAAGCAACAUCGUUGUUGAAGUAGGUGUGCAGGACUCCAAGAUUGAGACCGUCAAACUGGCAGGCACAGCUAUUCAGGUCAUGAGAGGCACACUCACUGUCUGAGCCGACUCGAGAGUCUACACUCAAAUCCUCCCAAUCGACGACGCGCUCGCAACUGGAGACAGGACAGCGCCAGUCCCUUUGCAUUAGUAGCUAUUCGUACAAUUAUACAGGGUGUACAUUGCUUCAUGAAGCCCGUGCGUCCUUGCUUCCCCC